GUAUAGCUAUCAUUAGCGGAUUUGUGUGACCGCAUUAUUGAAGUAUCUUUAAAUUUUUGUUGAAGUACAACCUUUCCUAUUUAUAACGAACUGUGUCAUACGAAAAACAAAUCUUCAAGCAGCGGGUAACCAGAAAUACAUGCCAAAAACUGAACAGGUGCUAGAUUCCAACAGGCGGAUACACUUCUAUUGGUUCGGACGACAUGACAGCACAUUAUGACUGGCAAGGUAGCAAAACAUUAGCAGAGUGUAAUCGACAUAUGUUGACCAACGAAAUCGCCUUUGACGUGUUCUUUCUGGUUGGGGAAAAACGCCAAGUCGUUGGAGCACAUCGCUAUGUUCUCGUCAGCCGUAGCUGUGUUUUCUAUGCCAUGUUGAUUGGGCCUAUGGCGGAGAAACCGGACGAGAAAAUAGCUAUUCCUGACAUAGAAAACGACAUAUUCCAACAUAUGUUAGAGUACAUAUAUUGUGAAGAUACCAAAAUAGAGACGAAGAACGCUAUACAAAUUUUGUAUUCGGCCCGAAAAUAUGGUUUAACGGGACUGGAGGAAAAGUGUAGACGUGUGCUAGAACAUGGAUUAACUACGUGUAACGUCUGUAAUAUUCUCCAGGAGGCAGACAAGUUUGACGAAUUGUCGUUGAAAAAUAAAUGCUUGGAAUACAUUUGGCAUCAACCAAAAGAUAUUUUACGGUCAGGUAGUUUUGGUAACCUGCCUGCCUCCCUUGUCAAGGAAAUUAUUCAGUCGGACAAACUCGAUACUAAGGAAGAAGUGGUGUUCGACGCAGCUUUAAGGUGGUCCGAACAAGAGUGCUUACGAAAUGGUGUCGUGGUUUCUUCGCAGAAUCAGCGGCACUAUCUGAGUGGGAUCCUGUACUACAUCCGUUUCCCGGUGUUGGAGGCAAAUUAUUACAAUAAAACAGUGAUUAAAUCCGACAUUCUGUCAACGGAGGAGAAAAAGAACUUACAGAAUUAUUUUAACGGAACUAACCAAGAUGUGAAGAAAUUUAGGACGGAUAAGAGGUCAAAGGGCGAGAACCAGACCCUUCAUUGGCGGUUUGGUCCAGUGAAUUGUAUGCACAACGAGACUACUGCCAUUGCAUUUUCAUCUUCUCGGGAAGUGUUCAUAGAUGGCGUUGAGAUAGAUGGAACAGGAUAUGACGCCGAGCACUAUGAUGUAUUCUUGAAUAUUUAUGAUAUGGACAAUCAAGAGAAAGCCAAAUGUAAAGAAAAACUCGUGAUGAGUAAAAAGCAGCAAUCGUACCAAAUCAAGUUCCCUGCGCCUCCCGUGGUGUCUAAGGGCUUUACGUAUACUGUGAUUCUCAAGAUACAGGCAGAACACAGAUAUUACGGCGCUAGUGGGCGAUCCAACUUAAAUAAAACGGACUCCCAGCCGGCUUUCAUAAACCCAGAAGGAGAGUUCACAAGACUUGUUGUAAAAAAAGACCAAGUUCCUGCAAUUCUUGUUCGGCCGUUUGUAGAUUCCUGAUAAGUACAUUUUCUUUCGCAGAUAGUGAUCUAAAACCUCACACAAAACACUCAGUCACGGAAGGUUGUUUACAGAAUAAAAAUGCAGAGGCAGUCAGUGGUGUAUAUCUAUAUAUUUGAAUUGAUCCUAUUUACAAAGCCUGCAAGAAAAAUAGAAUUAUUGAUCUUUGUUUCAGCAAAGUGUAUUUAAUUUUAAGUUAAAGCCAUGUACAAACCCUGCAAGGAACAGAAUUAUUAUCCUCAUUUUAAACAGCGUUUACAUUUAUAUACUAAUGUUAUUAUACACAUAUAUAUAUACACUGAAAAUGCAAUAAUAUAUAUAUAUUUUUGGUCUUUGGUAUUACAUUAUACAUUUCAAUAUAUGAAGAAUGUUCUUUAAUAAAAAUUGCUCAAUCUUCCA